GGGCGGGCAGGCGACGCGAGGCCGCGUUGGGUCGCGCUCGGCUGGGAGGCCGCAGCGGCAGCAUCAGCGCUGACGUGGGGCGACGUGGGACGGCGCCGGUCCCGGUGGGGCUCUUCGUCCCACCUCCUCGCGUCCGUAAGCAGUGACGAGGCCCGCUACGUAAAUCGCUUCGCAGCGGGAUAAAUAAACAAGAAAACGGGAAGGAGCAAAGCAUUGAUUACAGAUGUCUUAAUAAUGAGCAAAUGUGGCAGGAAAAAAUAUAUUAAGACAAAUCUAAGACAAAUGACCAUGGAAACAAUUGACUCUCAGCAGGAUGGAAGUAUACCAGAUUCUGUGGCAGAGAGCGAAUCUGCUCAUAUGCAGAUGCAGACUGGUCAAAAUUCAGUCCCCACUUUAGCUCAGGUUUCUGUAGCUGGAUCAGGCACCGGAAGAGGCUCCCCAGCUGUAACUCUAGUGCAGUUACCUUCAGGCCAAACUGUCCAUGUCCAGGGAGUAAUUCCGACACCACAGCCAUCGAUUAUUCAGUCACCACAAAUACAAACUGUUCAGGUAGCAACAAUUGCAGAGACAGAUGAGUCUGCAGAAUCAGAAGGUGUAAUUGACUCUCAUAAACGUAGAGAAAUCCUUUCACGAAGACCUUCUUAUAGAAAAAUACUGAAUGAACUUUCCUCUGAUGUGCCUGGUGUUCCCAAGAUUGAAGAAGAAAAAUCAGAGGAAGAAGGAACGCCACCUAAUAUCGCUGCCAUGGCAGUGCCGACUAGCAUAUAUCAGACUAGCACGGGGCAAUACAUUGCUAUAGCCCAAGGUGGAACAAUCCAGAUUUCUAACCCAGGAUCUGAUGGUGUUCAGGGACUGCAGGCAUUAACAAUGACAAAUUCAGGAGCUCCUCCGCCAGGUGCUACAAUUGUACAGUACGCAGCACAGUCAGCUGAUGGCACACAGCAGUUCUUUGUCCCAGGCAGCCAGGUGGUGGUUCAAGCUGCCACUGGUGACAUGCCGACUUAUCAGAUCCGAGCUCCGACUACUGCUUUGCCUCAGGGAGUGGUGAUGGCUGCCUCUCCGGGAAGCCUGCACAGCCCCCAGCAACUAGCAGAGGAGGCAACACGCAAACGAGAGCUGAGGCUAAUGAAAAACAGGGAAGCCGCCCGGGAGUGUCGCAGGAAGAAGAAGGAAUAUGUCAAAUGUCUUGAAAACCGUGUGGCUGUGCUUGAAAACCAAAACAAGACUCUCAUUGAGGAACUCAAGGCCCUCAAAGACCUUUAUUGCCAUAAAGCAGAGUAACUGGCUUUGACGUGGACCUUGUUUGCCCUGAACUCUAACCCCGGCAGGAGGUGCCGCCGUCCUGCUCAUUGCCGUGUGGACUUGUGGAAGGGACCCUUGUGACCCUUCUUAAGGAACCCAGUUGGGCUUAGUGUGUGGAAGUUGACUUGGGAAUGUUGUUCCAGGAUGCGGAAGGCAGCCGUGAUCCCCGUCACCAGGCUUGCUUCAGUCGCGGUGUCAGUAGCGUGCGAAACAUGCUUUGUUUGCCCUUUUGCUUCUACUUUCUUGCAGGGAAGCUGCUAAGGAAUGUCGCCGUCGAAAGAAAGAGUAUGUCAAGUGUCUGGAGAGUCGGGUUGCAGUGCUGGAAGUUCAGAACAAGAAGCUCAUAGAGGAACUGGAAACCCUGAAAGACAUUUGCUCUCCUAAAACAGAUUAGUAGAAAUAUUUAACUAUGAACUGACUACCACAUGUACAGUUGCUUCUGAAGGCAAUACACUAUAUAGCCGGCAAGAAUGAUGGCUUUUUUCCUUUGUAUCAUUCAUCAUAUUUUCUAAUCUCUAACAUUCCCAAACUGCUUCACUGUACGUAGUUAACUCUUAGCUGUAACUUCAGUUUUUUUUUAAAGAGACAAACUGUAAAAAAGAAAAAAAAAAUGUAUGUAACAGAUUCUUAAAAUGCAAUAUUUGUAAGACUUGUUCCAAUGCCACAUAUUUGCAGUUCCCAAUCUGUGUGUCAUGAAUAGUGUCCUAUGCAAUAAAAUUUUUUGCAGGUCUUUCGAAAUCACUUUAGAAAAGGACAAUCAAAGAGAAUGCAUCCAGCAGUACAAUAAAAGUAAACCACAAAAAAUACCUCAGGAAAGAGUCGAAAGCGAGAAAGAGUUGAAAGAACCUGAUGACAUGCCUAUGUGAAAAUAAUAGCCUAUAACUGAACUUACGGCAUUUGCAGAUUUUUAUAUCAGUUGCUUUGUAAAGAAAAUACUGUAUUGCUGUCCCGGAAUGCCAUAGUUGAAGAGAGUUUUUAAUAGAACCAUGUUGGUUACA